UAUAAAAAAGUUACAUGUAUGAUUGACCUUAAUACAGUCUGACAUUUCAACUAGAUUACAAAAAUAGGAAAACUCAGGAAAAUGCACUUUCUCUAUAUCCGCGUCCUAAUCUCUGGAUAUUGUGGCGCGCCCGGUGCUGUGCGCUACCCAUCCUAUCCUGCAACACUUGUUAUAAUCCCCGCAGAAAAUUUCCUGGAAAGUUUGAUUACGUUAAAUAAAACCGUCUCUUUUUGUUAGACAGUCCAUAUCCUGUAAAAAUAAUAAAAAAGGUAUGGUUAGUAUUUGAAUACACAGCAGACAAAAAAGUUGGCUAGAAUGUAUUUUGUUCUCCAGGUUGUCAUCGCAUUUAUAACAUUCAUCCGCAGCAGUACUUCAGAGAGCGCACAAUGUGUGGACAGUGUCUACGUCUGUUGUACGAAUUACUUUGAAGUCAAUGGAACCUGUAAAGAAUGUCCCGCUGGAACAAUGGGACCCAACUGUAGCAUCCCGUGCCCCCCGGGUUACCAUGGACGGCUCUGUCUGUGGGAUUGCGACUGUUCCAAGGACCAGUACUGUGACCCAGUCAGUGGCUGUAAACAAACCACUGUCAGGAUCUGGCGCCAUGUUGUUACAGCAAACGACUCCACUACAACUCACAUACGUCAUCUUCCAGCGGCCUACCAUAUGGACAACAUGACCCCAUGGACUGUGCAAGGAGACUUACGUGUAAUACGGAGUGACGUCGCUUUCUCUUCCAUUGGGUUCUUGUUGGUUCUCAUAGCAGCAGUGGGAAUUAUUUUUUACAAAUCCAGCUGGCGCAUUAGUCGUGAUGGGACACAUUUGCUUCGAUUCCAGCUGGCGCGUAAGAAAAGCGGUGAAAAAGAGCACGGUGGGAUUGGAGCAGACCAAACACACCUUGCCUCUGCAGACUUCAACAGCAGGACGGUAAUCGAAGGAUGUCACCCCGUGUAGGUGAAGACUUCAGGCUUGAUCGAAAGUCUCAAAACUCGUUUACAAGAACUCAACAAAUAGGAAUUGUUUCAAACGCCGC